UCGGGAUUGGAAUGUUACCGACUAACAAUCGGAACAACUGAGCACUCGGUAAUUGGACACUAGGAUCAAGGAAUCCCGUCUUUUUGAACAUUUUCUCAGCUAUUUACUCAGUCUGAGGCUCGCGUUUGUUUCCCCCCGUGCCGACCGGAUAACUUCGCCCGCUGCGUGGCUCCCCGCCGACCGGGUUUUUAUUCUAUAUCAGCGCGUAUGAGGGUAUGAGGGGAGGUUGUAAUAAAUAAGAAGAGAAAUGCAGGGAUUCGUCAGGUUACAGUUGCACCGCUGAGCUGCCCCUGCGCUACGACGCUUCUCCCCCCCCUCUCCACUGGUUUUCUUGCUCCUCUUCGCACGGGACCAUGGAGUGAUAAAAAGAGGGGGGAUCGGACGAAUUCACCCCGAAGCAUUUGGAUCCGAGCGCGGCGGCCACACCGACGGGGUUUUUUCUCCUUUGGUCAAUGUGUUACCGAGUUUAGCAUCCAAACCGGGGUAUACCUCUCCUUCUGGGAGAGCCUCGGGGACCCCUGCCGCUGUUCAGCCGUGGGGAGAGAGUUCCCAGACGGCUGUCGGACAGUUUUUUCCCCCCGUUUGAAUAUCCCUCAUACAGGCAGUCUGAAUGAGGGAGAGGAGAAGCGCCGGGGAACAGAGUCUCCGCAUGUGAUUUGUGUCCGAGAGGGUCCGGGCAGCACUGAGCUUUUUUAGGUGCACCCAAGCAGCCCCCCCACCCCCCCUCAAACUGUAGGCGCCGUGCGAUAUGGUGAAACUCUACAGAAGAGGGAGAACGGGACAAUACUUUUAAAAAUCGCCCACAUGCACUGGAUCAAUUGCUGGAUUUGGGAACCGAAUACGCAGAAGGGGGGUUGGGGAUCCUUGGAGGCUGCCGAAGGAUGGAGCGGUGUAGUCGGGGUUGGUGAGAGCCUAACUUCGGGCCACUUUACAUUUCUUAUUCCUAAACAACUCGCCCCUGUUCCCAGGACACAUGCAGGCCAAAAAACGCUACCUGAUCCUGCUCUCCGCCGGUGCAUGUCUGGUGCUUCUCUUCUACCUCGGAGGGGUUCAACUUCCAGCGGCGAGCAGGAGCCGGCAUGACCGCAGCCGGAACGGGUACCGGCCCGACCAGCCCUGGCCUCACUUCUCGGAUCCUUUACACCUUUUCCUGCCCUGGGAUCAGACGGACACCGAGGAGUACAACCUGCACAUAUCUCCGAGGCAGAAGAGGGACGUCAACACGAGUGUUUACAAAGGCAAGCGGUGCCGCAUGGAUUCAUGCUUUGAUUUCUCUCUGUGUCAAAAGAACGGAUUCAAAGUUUAUGUUUACCCGCAGCAGAAGGGGGAGAAGAUCUCCGAGAGUUAUCAGAAUAUUUUAGCGACCAUUGAGGGGUCCAGGUUUUACACCUCAGACCCCGGACAGGCGUGUCUGUUCAUCCUGAGUCUGGACACUCUGGACCGGGACCAGCUGUCCCCGCAAUACGUCCACAACCUGAAGACCAAGGUCCAGAACCUGCCUCUGUGGAACGACGGCAGGAACCACCUCAUAUUUAACUUGUACUCGGGGACGUGGCCGGACUAUACGGAAGACUUGGGCUUUGACAUCGGUCAGGCCAUGUUGGCCAAAGCCAGCAUCAGCACCGAGAACUUCAGGCCCAACUUCGACGUGUCCAUCCCCCUCUUCUCCAAAGAGCACCCGAGGACCGGCGGGGAGAGGGGGUACCUUAAGUACAACUCCAUCCCGCCUUUUAGAAAAUACAUGCUGGUGUUCAAGGGGAAGCGCUACCUGACGGGUAUCGGCUCGGACACCAGGAAUGCCUUACACCACGUCCACAACGCGGAGGACGUGGUGCUGCUCACCACCUGCAAGCACGGCAAAGACUGGCAGAAGCACAAGGACGCACGCUGUGAUAAGGACAACGCGGAGUAUGACAAGUAUGACUACAAGGAGAUGCUCCACAACUCCACCUUCUGUUUGGUGCCCCGCGGCAGACGACUGGGCUCCUUUCGCUUCCUUGAGGCGCUGCAGGCUGCAUGUGUGCCGGUGAUGCUGAGUAACGGCUGGGAGCUGCCUUUCUCCGAGAUCAUUGACUGGAACACAGCCGCAGUCAUCGGCGACGAGAGGCUCCUGCUGCAGAUUCCGACCACGGUGCGCUCCAUCCACCAGGAUAAGAUCCUGUCCCUCAGACAGCAGACUCAGUUCCUAUGGGAGGCCUACUUCUCCUCUGUGGAAAAGAUAGUGCUGACCACGCUGGAGAUCAUCCAGGACCGCGUGUUGGAGCACGGCUCCAGGAGCAGCCUGAUGUGGAACAGUCACCCUGGGGGACUCUUUGCCUUGCCGCAGUACUCCGGAUACCUGGGAGACUUCCCCUUCUACUACGCCACACUGGGUAUUAAACCAUACCCCAAGUUCACAGCGGUCAUCCAUGCCGUCUCUCCUCUGGUGUCCCAGUCCCAGCCCAUACUCAAGCUCCUGGUAGCUGUGGCCAAAUCCCAGUAUUGUGCACAGAUCAUUGUCCUGUGGAACUGUGACAAGCCUCUCCCUGCCAAGCACCGCUGGCCUGCCACUUCAGUGCCCGUCAUCGUCAUCGAGGGAGAAAAUAAGGUGAUGAGCAGUCGUUUCUUGCCCUACGAGACCAUAGUGACAGAUGCUGUUCUCAGCCUGGAUGAAGACACAGUGUUGUCCACCACAGAGGUGGACUUUGCCUUCACCGUCUGGCAGAGUUUUCCAGAGCGAAUCGUGGGGUACCCCGCCCGAAGCCACUUCUGGGACAGCAACAAGGAGCGUUGGGGUUACACAUCCAAAUGGACCAACGAUUAUUCAAUGGUGCUGACUGGAGCCGCCAUCUACCACAGGUAUUACCAUCACCUGUACACCAACUACUUACCCACAAGUCUGAAGAGCAUGGUGGACCAGCUGGCCAACUGCGAGGACAUCCUGAUGAACUUCCUGGUCUCUGCUGUCACCAAGCUGCCGCCCAUUAAGGUCACACAGAAGAAGCAGUACAAGGAGACUAUGAUGGGACAGUCUUCAAGGGCUUCCCGUUGGGCUGAUCCGGAUCACUUUGCCCAGCGGCAAACCUGCAUGAACAAGUUCGCCAGCUGGUUUGGCGCAAUGCCUCUGGUCCACUCCCAGAUGAGGCUGGACCCCGUCCUGUUUAAGGACCAGGUCUCCAUUCUCCGCAAGAAAUACAGGGACAUCGAGAGGCUCUGACAGGACCGGCGCCCCCUCGGGGGAGAUCCCACGCAGGGGGAGGCGCGAGAGAGAGACUCUGUGGAGAGUAGAAGGAGUAGUAGGACUACAGCAGGAUGGACAGGGAGCGACACAGCUCUGUCUUCCACUCAGCACAUUGCCAAUGACCACAGCACUGCUGUUGCCAGGACUUGACGCGGGAUGGGAUGAAUAGGAAACAAGCAGAUGGCGUUUGGAUAUGAAAAAAACGCAGAAAAACAGAAACCGCAAACACAGACAGACAAAGAGAGCUACACAAACUGAUGAACAUGCCAAACAGUACUGUAUGUUUUGCGAAUGUGCAAACACACAGCACACACUACUGACGACGAGUACUCUUGGAUAGAAUAUUUUUUUGUACAACAUGAAUAAGGACGACAUUGACUUUCCUGCUCUCUCGGCACACGUGCAGGACGGUAGAAGAGGGAAGGUGUCUGCGAUCGCACACCUGGCAAACCCACCCACCAUAAACCCUACUGGUCGCCCCUAGCAACCCUCCCCCAGUCUGGACAUCAGGACGUAAUACUGGACUCACUACAAAACCCCUGCUUAAUAGCCCAGGAAACCCUGUUCUUUAGUUGAUUUGAUUUCUGUACAAAUCAGCACUCUGGUAUCACUGUUGACCCUUUCUCCUCUCUGAGAGGUUUGAAAUAAGAGUGUCAUCAGUUUAUUAUUUUCAUUCUCAAGGCAGAAAAAGGUAGGCAGCAGAGUCCAAGCUUUUAUUACAGUGGCCUGACAAGGUUUUCCUAGCAAAAGCAGGAAUAAUUUUCCAGAAAUUCUUAGCUAUUGACACACAUCCUUGAGCCUGAAGUCUGAAACAUCCUGUCUGACGUAUCCUUGGCUCAUUCCUUGAUGUGCUGAUAUGGCUUUGAUAAUGGUCUAUCUGCUUCCCUGUUAUUACUAAGAUAAGUUAGAAAAACAUCUUGUUUCAUAUCCCAUUUUCCUCUCAUACUCACCACAGCAGUUGUACUUUUCUCAUCUUUUUUUUCACUUACUUUCAUCAUCUUUUACUUCCCCCUUCAAACUCUGUACUUUCACUGUUCCGCGUGUGUGUGCGUGUUUAUGUGUGCGUGCAUGUUGUGUGUACAGAGCCUUGAAAAGUUGGCUAUCCAACCAUAAGCUCAAGCGGAGUACAUUUUCCCUCCGUUGGAAUGAGCGAAAUGAACAUUUCUGGAUGAAAUGGAGCAGAACGUUGCAUUCAAACCCAAACUCGUUUCGCCCAUUUAUUUCUUCCUGCAUGGCCUCGGAGCAGUAUCCUUACAGGGAGAAAUGGAAUAAGAUUUCAAACCAUAGCUGGUCUUUAGCGACCAGCGUCAUUUCACAGGAGUGCUUGUAGAGAGAUUUUUAACGCUGAGCGCAUCAGUGCCAUUCUGACAUCAGGGUCUGCCUUUAAAAUUGUUUAUUGCACAUCACGUUGCCUACAUCAGUUUGAGAUGGCUAGACGCUCUCGUGUUGAAAUAUUCUAGUCAUCAGUCCGAUGUGGCUCUCCUGCCACCAUGAGAUAUUUUUUUUAUUUUUUCGUGACAUAUCAGAGGACCUCGGAGCCAUUAAAUUGACAAAAGGUUCUCUCCUCCAUUUGUCAGCCAGAGAUACGUUUGGGCUUCAAUUAGGUAAACCUAUUUCAUUUGGAGUGCUGUUUUAUUCCCAGGGGACAAGCUGUUGAUGAAACACUCUAACAUUAUGGACCAUUGUGUUGUGAAAGCAGUGACACACAUGACCUGCUGGCUAAUGCUAGCCUUGGGAAGGACAGCUCCACCCCCCCCCCAACAACACACCCUCACCCCUGCGUGUCAGUUACUUAUAAGAGCUGCUCACAUCGCUGUUGUAUCCACAUCAAACCGCCUGACAUUUUGCACCUUUAAUUACCUUAUUGGUAUUGGACCACCAGAUCAAAAUGUUAAAAUAACUAGCUAUCGCGCCAUUAAUUGAUCAUUUCGAAGAGAAAAUGGCUCUCUUGUAUCGGAACUGCUGCACAUUGUCAUUAGGUCAGCGUGCAGCAUGAGGCAGAGAGCACAGGCAGUCCACUCUCACAUUUAGUUCUCAAACACUUGAAUGAAAGCGGCAUGCUUUUAGUGGCCUUUCUGUCUGGCAGGCAUUCAGCCUAAUGUCUCAGCCAAAGCUGUUCAGUGUGUGUGUUAAUCAGUAGCUGUCAUCAACAUUGUCAAUAUCAGUGUCACACAUUCAAUGACUGUUUUACUUUAAGUUUAUUUUUUUCAUUGAUUUGUUUUCAUUUUCUUCUGGUUUAUGUUAAAAUGUAUUAUAAAGCCUUCACAGUGUCAACAAAGUUUAUGUUCAUGCUAUGUGUCAUAUCCAAGCGCAACCACAGCAAAGCUACUCUGUUUCAGCAUAUCAUAUCACCCAGCAGGACUAUCAUGGUUGUUGUUGUUGUUUUUCCUCACUUCAUUGUUUUGAAUAUCAUGUUUGUUUUUACAUUCUGCGACUUAAAGUUUGGAGUGUUAUUCAUUUGCCAGGAGAGAUUUAUGAUCUGUUUUGCGGAGUCACGACAGAAAAUGUUCACUCACAUCCCACACGUGAUUCUGGGAAAAACAUACUCCUCACUCGGUCUGCAUCUGGUCCGUAUUUCAUCUUCAGAGAACCAUAUUGUUUGAAUCCAUAUCAAGCCUUUUAUGUUUGAUCAUUUGAAUCACUGUUGUUGAUCAUCUCAAGAAAGCCCCCAGCAUUGCAAAUAUUUUACAAAAUCCUUGCAACUCCCAGCACUGUACAUAGGCAUAUAUUUAUUUUUUGAAGAAAAAAAAAGACUGCGUACAAUUUGAGAUGACGUGGUGAGAACAUAAGACUGAUGCUGCAUCGCUGAGGGGAGUUAAUGGUAUUUAUUCAGUUUAUUUUCUACACGCUGUGCACAUUAAUCCACAAAGAUGCCAAUAUACAGCUCAUAUUAUGUUUCAUUCUGCAUUGGUUUUCCUGGGAAACAUAUAUCACGCUCUGUCUCAUACAAAACUCCCCAAGAGAGAUAUAACAUUUUCAGAGUCGCAGUAGUAGAGUUUUAACUCUAAAAGAUUGCAUACACCGGUGAUCUAGAAUUGCAUUGGGCCGCACCAUCUUGGCUCUCCGCGGGAGUCAAAUUGCAAAGUCCCAAUAAAGACUAUGCCAACUGAAACAUGGAAAAUAAUAAGCAGCUGGGUCCCGUGUACCAGAUGGAAACAUUUUCAGAUUCUGCUGUAACAUCUUCCCCCCAUGCAUUACAAUAAUGGGUCUGAGGCUGCGACACAGUUGAGCUUAAAUUGACUAUUUCAAAGCUUGAAUUCAGGUCAGAUAACUUGGCAACAGAAACCCGCUCCAUCUUACAGUUGGCGUGCUGCACAUUGUAUCAACGAGUCCAGAGCUCAGUCCAGAGUGUGAUGGAUGUGAUUAAGGCCACCGGGAAAACCUCUGCAUCCGCUAAAAAAACACCUCCGUCACAUCAGUCGUUUGAUCGGUGGGGAGAAACAUUAUGCAAGUUAUCAUUGUGUGCUUCAAAACAGAUGGAAGAAGGUUUACCCAAAAUGUGCCAGGCAGUUAGUGUUUAUAGUGGCGGCGGCGGCGUGUGCUGGAAACUAGUCUGUUCUUGAUUUGUGCCUUUUUUUUAAAUCAACAUGCGAGUUCUUGACAUGCCGAGCACUGUCUGUCCGAGACUUGUUAUUUCCAGUAGACAGGGCGCCACAUGCAGGGCCCCAACAGCCCUACCUUCAUACACUGGAUGAGUCACAGCUUCCAUUCUCUUAUUAGAACAGCCCCUUUUCAUCUUUGUGUUUGGACACUGUUGCGAAAGGCGACAACGUAUGACCACUUCCUGUUUGGGAUUAUUUAUCAGUGAUUGGCUGUAUCACAUUACCAAUCAGCAGUAACGUCUGUUGAUCUGCAAGGACUCGGUCAAGCCCAGCUGUCCCGAUGCCUUCUCCUCCCUCCUACCUUGUAAUUAACAGAAGACUUUUAUAGAGGUCACAAAUGAAAUAGAAAUGCCAAUUUUGUAAGAAUGAUUUAUAAAAAAUAAACUCAUAUUUGAUGAUAAA